UUCGACGCCUCGAAACUUGUUUUCGACAUGUUAAUUUAGUAUGUAUUGCCUUUACCAGUGAAUAGCACGUACACCUACAGUUUAAGUAUUUUAAAUAAGCAGAUCCUUGUGAACUCUUAGUGUAGUCAUGAGAAGUGUAGUGAUUCUGUUUAUGUUAUUAGUUGCAACCAAUUGUUUCACUGCGGACGAUGUGGAGACACUUCGAAGAGAGAAAAGACAAGAGACAGGCUGGAAUUGGGGCACUGACGGUGAUGAAACACCAUUGGAUAGGAAUUCUGAAAGUCAGAAACUAUCAACUGAGCCAACAACGCCGACGACUACAACUGUAGAGCCAAAUCCUUGCCUGAAUAUGUACAAGCCUGAAGUGAAGGACUUUAACAGGCCAGGUCGAAGGCUCAGCGAAAUGAAAUGCUAUGAACACAUCUAUGACAUUAAAGUUCGUGCGGAGACAAAAAAGAGUGAGGACGCAUGUGUGGCCUACAAUAUUAGACACCCUGGUCCAAUCGCCCUUGGAGGCCAAUUUGCCAUUGGAGGAAAAAGUGCGGAACCUGGAGAAUUCCCUCACAUGGGCGCCAUAGGCUGGAAGGCGGCUGUAGGCACGUGGAUCUUCAAAUGCGGAGGUUCACUCAUCAGCGACAAAUUCGUGCUGACUGCUGCACAUUGCACGAAGGCAUCUGAGCGAGACACGAGUGUAGCCGAUGUAGUGCCCAAGAUCGUCAGAUUGGGAUCUAAUAAUAUUGCUGAUAGUUAUGCCAACGACUCGGUACCAGUCACGGCGAUCAUCAAGCGUAUAAUAGAGCAUCCGAAUUACAAAGCCCCAAAGAAGUAUUACGACAUAGCUCUGAUGGAGUUGCAGAAUCAAGUGCAAUUUGACAACUACGUACAACCUGCUUGCCUUUGGAGUGGUGAGAGCAGUCCUUUGAUUGGGCAGAAGGCGACAUUGACCGGAUGGGGUGUUGUUGAAACAGUCAGCAGAACAACGGCUCCAGACCUUCAAGCGGCGGUGGUGGAUGUCUUCGAAUCGGAGCUGUGUGAUAAACUGCUGAAGCCUUCCUGCAACCGGCACUGGUGCGGGAUGCAGGAUCACCAGCUCUGCGCGGGGAAACUGGCUGGCGGUGUUGAUGCUUGCCAGGGUGACUCAGGAGGGCCUCUUCCUCAGAUCAUAGAAAGGCCUCUUCAGAUAAAGAUCCCACUCCCCCCCACCACCACUGGGCGGAUGUAUUAUAUCGUGGGCGUGACGUCAUUCGGCAUCGGCUGCGCGCUGCCCAAUCUUCCGGGCAUCUACACCCGCGUGUCCAGCUUCAUCGACUGGGUCGAAGAUAUUGUUUGGAAAUAAAGUAUUUAUUUUAAGGUGAAUUGUACCUAUUUUGGAGUUUACUGUAAGUUAUUUGUAUCAAAUAUUCAGAGUUUUAAUAAGAGAAAAUACACGAAAGAAAUAAGUAACAUUUA